AUGGCCCUGCCGAUCUCCUCCGUUAUCGGGUUGUCGGAGCUCCAGUCCGAUUACAAACCCUUUGAGUCCCGCCGCAAGCUCUGCGAUUCAUACGACCUCUUCUUCGCCGAACGAAAGCUCCUGCCUUUGCUGCCGAGGCUAUUGGGUAAGCACUUCUUUAAACGAAAGAAGACUCCUUUGGCUGUGGAUUUUAGUAGGGUUGGCUGGGUUGAGCAAAUUAAGAGCUGGUGCGGUUCGAGCUUGUUGUAUUUGAGGUCUGGGAGCUGUAGCGGGUUGAAGAUUGGGAGGGUGAAUCAGAGUUUGGAUGAGAUUGUGGAGAAUGCGAUGGCCGCGGUUGAAGGGGCGAUGGAGGCUGUGCCAAGGGGGUGGAAGAAUUUGAGGUCGGUGCACGUUAAGACGGCGGAUUCGGUGGCUUUGCCGGUUUAUCAGAAGGUUCCGGAGAUUGGGAUGAAGAUUGAGGGGGUUUGGGAUGAGAAGGAAGGGGAGAAGAAGAGGAAGAGAGAGAAGGUGAAGAAGGGGAAGAUUGAUGAAGAUGUGGGUGUUGAGAAAAGGGUGAAGAAGAAGUUGAAGAAGGACGAGGAUAAGAAGAGGGUGAAGGGGUCGGAGAUUAAAGGCGACCGAUUAAUGGUGACUGAAGAUGAGGAGGGUAGUGCUUUGCUGAAUGGUGAUGAAGAGAGGCAUGCUGACAAUCAAUUGAGUGAGAAUAAGGUUAAGAAUAAGAAGAAGAAGAAGAAGAUGGAAGUGGAUUCUAUUGUAGCAUCAGAGGGAACGAAGAAGAGGAAACUAAAGAAGAUGAGAGAUGAUGUUGACGUGGCCUUGAAUGAUGAAUUGGGGACGAAGAAUAAAGCAAGGAAGGGUGGUAAAGCGAAGGAAGUGAAAGAUUUGGGUGAUGAAGAUGUCGAAGAGGGGAACGUAGUCAAUGAAUUGUCUGAGAAGAGGAUAAAGAAGAAGAAGAAGGUGGAGGGUUCUGCUGGAAUGAAGAAGAGCAAACCCAAGAUGCCGAGGACAUAGAUCUGAAAAGGAGCAAUGAUCGUGUGUUAUCUGUCUUGGUAUUUUUGAUGGUUGGUUGAGCGGAGAAGCUGAUCACAGACUUAUUUUUUUUUCACUCAUCUGCAGGUUUUGAUCUUUGAUCUUUUCUAUUAUUUAUGCUUUAUAUUAACUAGUUCAGUUUUGUUCCAU